UGCACUAUAUCAUGAAGUGAACACUGCCUGGGAGUGUGGAACAUAUUGUUCUGGGUAGCUGUAUGUUGUGUGCAUGCGCGCUGAGGAGCUAAACAGGAUAUGUUGAGAACAGCGCCAGAUGAGGUGAAAAUAGCUUAAUUUGCAGUUCCUGUUCAAUGAACCGUAUCAAACCGAGUGUAAAGUAAAAGCUUCCCCUGGGUGAUGUUUUAGGUUUGGGUUUGAAUGAGUAGAUACUUUAGUCCUAAAUCUAUUUAUUUGACCUCAAAGAGUCGGGGGAUUUUAUUUUGCUCCGUUUUGAAGAAAGCCUCAGAUGUUUAUAAGAUGCUGCAGUUAGGAGACGGUGUGACCUGCUUCUCGGCUCUGUUCAUGCUCGUAUUGCUCGGCACCAGGAGCGCGGUUUGCUCCAUCGGCCUCACCGCUGUUCUCUACCUCUUUCUGGUGGUCUUCCGUUUCCCACAAGUCCCCGCGAGCCGUGCCAGGCAAGUGCUGCGCCCCGGGAGGCUCGCGCCCGGCGGAGUGUCGGUGGUGGCGCACCGGGCCGGUGCUCACGACGCCCCUGAGAACACAAUAGCAGCAAUAAGAGCUGCCAGCGCAAACGGAGCGACAGGCGUGGAGCUGGAUCUGGAAUUCACCGCCGACGGUGUUGCCAUCCUGAUGCACGAUGAUACCGUGGACCGGACAACCAAUGGAUCGGGACCACUGAGCAAGCUGCGCUUCUCGGAGAUUGGCAAAUUGGACGCCGCUGCCAAACACAGACUCAGCGACCGUUUCCGUGGCGAGAAGGUCCCGACUCUGCAGGAAGCGGUGGAGGAAAGCAUCAAACACCAGCUGAUCAUCUACUUCGAUGUCAAAGGUCACCCAGACGAGGCUGCAGCAGCUCUGAAACGGCUCUAUGUGAAACACCCGAUGCUCUACAACUCCAGCGUAGUGUGUUCCUUUGAGCCCAAAGUCAUCUACAGGAUGAGGCAGGCCGAUCCAGAUGUCGUGACGGCGCUGACGCAUCGGCCGUGGAGCCUGAGUCACUUCGGCGACGGCUUGCCGCGGUUCUCGUCGGCAUGGAAACAGCAUUGGAUGCAGGUGCUGGAUGUGCUCCUGGACUGGGCGCAUCAUCACCUGCUGUGGAAACUGUGCGGCGUGUCGGCUUUCCUGCUGCAGAAGAACCACAUCUCCAUGGACACGGUGCAGUACUGGGCCGAGCGUGGCGUCGAGGUCGUGGCCUGGACAGUGAACACGGCUGUGGAGAAGAAUUACUACCAGCAGCAAGUGAACAUCAACUACAUCACAGACAGUCUGAAAGAGGACUGUGAGCCUCACUACUGACACACACACUCUCUCUCACACACACACACACACACACACACACUCUCUCUCUUACACACAUACACACACACACACUCACUCUCUCUCUCAAAAGCAGACACACAAACACACACACACACAAAAUCAUUUCCAAAGCAAAUGUACACAGCAUUUGGCCUUAAAUUAUUAUUAUUACUACUUAUCACCACCAUUUUCAUCCGUUUAUGAUGUGUAAAUUAGUAAAAUAUUACGGGGAGGUGUGUUGUGAUGGUCGGUCGCUCGCUCAGUAUUAGGAAUACCACGAUUUCCAGAAUAUAGGACAUGUUUCUUUUCCUCAAGCAGGUGCUGGGAAUUCUAUAAUGUACCCACAUAUGUUCUAAGUUAAGUAAAUGCGCUCUAUUUUCAUGCUAAACCAGCAGCUAUGGGAAGGUGCUAACGUAACAUUGCAACGAAAUCUGGACUAGAGCGUGCCACGAGGUCUUCUAGCAUUCUCCAUUCUGAUUGGUCGGAAAGGUCUUGAUUUUUCGGAGAGUCGUGCAGCUAUAAAUGACGACAGGUUUACAUUAACACUCUUGUCAACGUAAUGUGUCAUAAUUGUGGUGGGAUUUUUUUUUUUUUUUUUUCUCAGUCAGGAAUUUUUCCCUAACAGGAAAGUCUUUAAGUUUUCCAGGUUUUUCAGUCACGUGACAUGCUGCUGUGUUUUUCAAGGGAAAUGAAAACAAUCCGGUGAAGGAACGACUGUUUAAAAAGCGAAGCGAGAACAGGAGCUGACUUGUUUCUGUCCUGUUUAAGCGGAUAAAAAAAGCCGACGCUCCGGGUGUGCACGUAACUUGAUCACUGAUUAUUUUCCGAUAACAGCAUGCUCCGAAAUGUGUGCGUGUGUGUUUUUUUUAGCAGUCACCUGCUGUGUAACACAAGGCCAGAGAGCAUGUUAAACACACUUGGUGGUUUUCUCUGUGAGGAAAAGAAGAUAGACACAUUCUCACACACUCUCGAAACCUCAGUCGAACCUUUAAACAGUGUCAUAGUGUGUUUAAGGCACUGAAUGCAUCAGUUAUCUUUUCUGAAGGAUGGUGUGUUAGACGCCCUGUAACUAACACGCACAACGGCUGGAAUUGUGUUAACAUUGUAUACUUCCUUAGACGAAAACUUUAGCUGUUUCAAUGUACUUUACUCAGGUGACGAUAUCAACAUCCUUCACUGCUUUGACUUAUCGAGUAUAAAACCAACAGAAAGGGAACUUUUGAGGUUUAGCUUUUAGGCUCGGUUCAGAUUCCUUUUAGCGUAGUUAAUUAUUAGCUUGACGUUUAUCGCGGUUUAUGAUCUUAUCGCAUUAGCGGAUUAUAUUUGUACAAUUCCACUCAGCUCACAUGCAGCGUAAAAUCAGUCCGAAGAGAUCAAAGUUGUCAUUUCUUUCAUGAUUAAACCAAUCACACAGUCUGUAGAUAACAGUAAACAUAUCUGAUUGUCAGUGAAAGAUAACUCACUCACCCCCCAGAGUCCAGUCUGCCCUGUUACACACCACAUGAGUUGUGUGUUUGGUCUUGAUUAAGAGGAGUUGGGCAACUUGAAUAAAUCAGUUCUCACUAUCAGACUGCACUUUCAGCAGCAGCACCGAUCCCACAAUACACAAUUAUCUGACGUGUGUGAGCAGCUAGUGGGCUUUAAGAAGUCCUGAAAUGCAAAGUCUUGCACUGUUUCAGAUAUAUUUACUGAUGCACAGAGAGACAACUCAAAUAUUGUGAGCAUGAGGGGGGGCAAAAAAAUCUAACAAAAUGACCGUAUUUGAAUUGCUGUUAGCAGUAAGAGUCAAACAUUUACGACGUUUGUUGAUCCCGACUAAAGGUUCUUUAGAAUCCGUGUAGUAAUUUGAGACGUCCAGCUACGGCGCAAACUAAAGCAAUAAGCUGACAGCUACUAACGAAACGUGCUAACGAUAACUAAUUUGUCAUUGGCAAGAUUACAACCUUGACACUGCACUUUUUUUAAUUUAAUAAAAAUGAAGCUAA